AUGGCCGCCAACAAUCAGAACAACCAACAGUUCGAAAUCGACUGUUUCGUAUGCCACAGAGUCAAUAGAAGAGAAAGGACGGUCGAAAUUCUCGUCAAGUGGGCAGACCACAGUGAACCAACUUGGGAACCCGAGGCCGUCUUGCAAGAAACCGCUGAUCGCACACUGUAUGAUUACUGGAGCGACCGCGGUGGCCGUGGGCGCGCGACACGCCUACGGGAGUAUCAUGUUUUCAGGAUCCUUGCUAAAGGUUGGAAUAGAGGUCAGUGGCGCUUUCACUGUCAGUGGGUAGGAUACUCGACCUCGGGCGACGAUACAACCUGGGAGCCUGAAAGCAAGGUGAAGAGGAUUGCUCCGGCCGCGGUGGCAGAGUGGGAUGCUAGUCAAGCAGCGACUAAUCGGGCAUCGGCUAACCAGAACGCUCCAGCGGUGAAUCCUUAG